AUGAAGUGCCCCCGGAAGGGUAAAGGGCAUCUGGUGUCGUGGGCGCUGAGCAUAUGCGGCGAUACGUCGGUUGCACUUUGCGGAGACGUAGGCAAGACCCCAGACGUAGACAAGACCCCAGACGUGGGACUGGCGGGGUGGUGGGCGGGUAAGUCGGCACAAGAAGUUGAGUUUUGUUGGUUGAAGGAGUUUUGGCGGGUCGUGGAUGAGAUGGAGUACGCUGCGCUGAAGACGGUGGUUGGUGGGGCGCCAUCCGUGCGGCGUUUCCACUGGGGUGACCGGUGGGUCAAGUUCCGAGAGGGCCAGCUUGAACUCGCGCCUUGGACUUUCGGGCCCGGAGGCGCGCGGCGGCCGGUCUACAUCCCAUUGUUGGGGAGUAUGACGGACUUGGCGCUCGAAAUGAAAAUGUUCGGCAGCAACUGGGAGGCACACCGUGCGCUGCGGACCUCCAUUCCGGAACCGGCGUGGCAGAAGCUGAGAGGCGUCGACAUGGAGAACUUGCAAAAGUGUUCGCUAGCGUUCGUGGAACUCGGCGCAAUCAUUUCUCUCUUCUUCCACAAGCCUUACGGUAUUUUGGACGCCGAUGCCACGGACUUCGUUAAUCAGCGGAUGGUAUGGACCUACUCGGAACGCAAACGCGACCAUUGGAUCACGGGCUGUCUGCUGCAACACUCUGGUGUCUCUGUCUCCCGACUGGCCGAGUUUUGCGUCAAAACGCUCAAGUACCGCCUUCUCGAACCGGGGCAACUUCGCUGCUUUGAGAAGGGGCCCCGGAACAGCUCGUCCGUGUGCCGCGCAGCCGACCACCAAGGCUCGUCCGACCAAGCCGCGUCCGAGGAAGCCUCGGCCGCAGGACAAAGAACACAACUUGGCGACAUAAAGCGACUAGAAGAGCAGCUGGCCACACUACCGACAGUGUCGCUGGAAGAGUUUGACGGAUCCAGACCUGAGUGUCCGACUCGCAGAAGAGUGCCACCAGUCGCGGACCUCCCGAUGGCCUGUCAGUCUUGGAUCAGCCACCACUGGACACUGCUGGACCAAGAGCAACACAAGGCGAUGAUGGUCACGACUAAGUCAGCGAGAACUAACUGGUUGAGCUAUUGGGUGUCCAAGACCGCAGCGCUGCGUGCCCGGGACGUCCGUUCCAAGGCCUGGAAAAGGACCGCGGCUGCCGGACUUCCGGCUGCCGGACUCCCGGCUGCCGGACUCCCGGCUGCCGGACUCUUGACCAGAGUGUAUGUGCCCGUGCCGGGGCUAAUGACAAAUUUUGCGGCGAAGGCGCACAUCUUCAACUCGGACUACGACGCGUACAAGGCGCUGCACGGGACCUUGACGGAGACACAGUGGAAGCGGCUGCAUGGCGUGAGGGCUGCGGAUUUCGAGCACUGUAGCUGGGCGUACUUGGAGCUAGCCGCCAUCAUCUCGGUCUUCUUCAGGUCGCCCUUCGGGUCCGUCAACCGCGGCCUCUUAGGUCUCGACCAACUAAAGUUCAGUAAGACGCGACGAUCCAUUUGGAUCGUGGGCUGCCUGCUGCAGCACGCCGAAGCGAACGUCGACGAGCUCGUGGAGUUUUGCGUCACGAAACUCAGGUACCGGCCCAUGCGGCUCGGCAGAUUGCAGUGCCUGUUGCCACAGGCCCACCUCGCCACCAUCAUCGAGGAUGCCACCAUCAUCGAGGAUGCCCCCAUCAUCGAGGACACCACCCUCACGAAGGAUGCCACAUUCACCAAGGACACCACCCUCACGAGGGACGCCACAAUCACCAAGGACGUCUUCCUCAUCAAGGACACUUAUCAGCCGGAACCUAAGCGACCGGAACCUCUGCCUAAGGAGCCGGAAUCUAAGCAACCGGAACCCCUGUCUAAGAAGACGUUGUGUAAGGAGCCGUUGCGGGAACACAUACUUCUGUUGAAGAAGAGGCUGGCCGGACUGAAGACCUUAUCUGUUUCGGCGGCAGAAUUUGCGAGCCGGCCGUUCGAGCCGGUGGGGUCGGGAGGUCUGGAGUUGGCUUGGGCGGGUCGGUACUGGCGGCGUUUGGACCCGGGUGCGUUCAAGGAGUUGGAGCGGACGGCGACAGGAUUGCGCUGGAGGACGUACUGGGUGCAGCAGAUUUGUGAGGCUCGAGGACUUGAUUGGACGCCUUGGACGCGAACGGAGCCGGGGGGACGGCAGACGGUGUACAUACCGACGUUGGGACUGAUGACGAAGUUUGCCCGGAAGGUGGGAGCAUUUGGGAGCGACUGUGAGGCGCAUGAAGCGUUGCGCAAGUCGCUCCCAGAAACGGCGUGGAUGCGAUUGCGUGGCAUCGAACCUGGGCAGCUGCGGCAGUCGUGUGAAGGAGCGUACGUAGAACUGGCCUCAAUCAUUUGUCUGUUCUACAAGGAUGCGUACGGCGCGGUGGACGAAGCUGUUACGUGUGGCGUGGUAGCCGAAAGGCUUUUUUCGCAGCACCGACGACGGGUAUGGAGAACCGCAUGUCUUCUGCAGCAGUCGCAGGUCUCGACUGACCGUUUAAUAAACUUUUGCGUCACGCAACUCAAGUACCGUCCGGCUCCAACCUGUAAGCAGCAAUCGCUUUUGCACAAAGGCUGCCGACACCAUAUUGCACUGCAGCGCGACCGCACGACCGAAGAAGUGCAGCAAUCUAAGGCCGACCUCCAGGAGGUGUUGGCCGGGCUCCCGAGGGUCUCGGCCGCCGAAUUUGCCCGCGACGCGAUCAGACCUCGCCGGCGGGACCCAUACCUCAAACUCGUUUGGGCGGGACAGUAUUGGACGCCGCUGGCUCGCGGAGACUACGCCGUGCUGCGCUCACAAGCGGAGCAGUACCCGCCAUCGCAGUUCUGGGCAGCUGCGACCAAACGCAUGUGUGAGAUGCAAGCGUUCGAGUCUCACUGCUGGACGCGCACCGCACCCGGAGCGGGUACGGUCUACGUCCCGUUAUUGGGGUCCAUGACCGACUUGGCAAAGAGCCGCAAAACUUUUUCGGACGAUUUCGAGGCACACGAAGCGCUGCGCCAAUCGCUCCCAGAAUCGGCGUGGAAAAGGCUGCGCGCCGUCCACCCUGCACGGUUCCAACACUGCCGCUGGGAGUUCCUCGAGCCAGCGGCUAUCGCCUCCACCUACUUCAAGCUUCCUUACGGCACCGUCAGCGGCAGUACUCAACGACCCCUAACCAAGUAUUUGCAGGAAUGCGACCGGAGACGUCACUGGAUCACGGCCUGCCUCCUGCAACACUCAGGCGUCUCCUCCGAAGAGCUUCUCUUGUUCUGCAUUACUAAGCUCCACUACAGGCCGGGACAAAGCCUUGAGUGCCUGCGUCGCGCACCACACAUAAUGUCCCAAGACCUGGAUGACCCCAUGGCCCAAGACGUGGAUGACCCCGUGACCCAAGACGUGGAUGACCCCAUGUCCCAAGACCUGGAUGACCCCAUGGCCCAAGACGCGGAUGACCCCAUGGCCCAAGACGCGGAUGACCCCAUGGCCCAACACGUGGAUGACCCCAUGGCCCAAGACGUGGAUGACCCCAUGACCCAUGACGUGCAAAGGUCCAAGACCCAGGACGUGCAAGACCCCAAAAGCCUCGCUGCCCGGAUCUGCGCAGACCUGCGGCAAAUGGGUACCGUUUCGGCGCCCGACUUUGGCCAAUUGGCACCAAGGUCUAACCCGACAAAGCGGCCCGCGCCCACAGUAGCGGACCGUACGUCACAGUACGUCCCGACUGUGGGGUCUCCGCCGCCGCUAAAGCGCUGCGUUCUGCGGCCCUACCGCGAAUUAUCAGACGGUGGAUGA